AGUUCCACCGCAGUUAGAGUUCCGGGUGGUUCCUGUGAGGCGGAGCUCGGCAGUUCCGUCUACUUCAGCCGCAGCGUCUCCCUGCCUGUCUCGUUGCAUUCUCCAGAGAGGGGACGGACCUCCACUUCCUCUUUCAGAAAAAUGUCUGCUCCAGCUCAGCCACCCGCUGAAGGGACCGAAGGGGCUGCCCCAGGUGGGGGUCCUCCUGGUCCUCCUCCCAAUACGACCAGUAACAGACGAUUACAGCAAACCCAAGCACAAGUGGAGGAGGUGGUGGACAUCAUGCGUGUGAAUGUGGACAAGGUCCUGGAGAGGGACCAGAAGUUGUCAGAGCUGGAUGACCGAGCUGACGCCUUGCAGGCUGGAGCCUCAGUAUUCGAGAGCAGUGCUGCCAAGCUAAAAAGGAAGUAUUGGUGGAAAAACUGCAAGAUGAUGAUCAUGCUGGGAGCUAUCUGUGCCAUCAUCGUGGUAGUAAUUAUAAGUAAGUAUUGCUGAGGUCGCUGAUGGGGUGAAGAGGUGGGAAGGCCCUGGAGUCUUCUCCCAGCCCUGCCUGCCUGCCUGCUGCCUGGGGAGUGGGGCUGCUCUGCAGAGGUACGGAGACAGCUGCUGGGGGACUGUCGCCUGGUUUGGGUGGGAGGAAGGGCAAAAACAAGGACUUCCCUUGAUGGACAAGCCUCCCCCUGCAAAGAAUUGUGGGGAGACUGCCCCUUCUGCUGAGGAAGGUGGGGUGGUGCUGUUUGUCACUGGCUUAGGUCCAAGGGAGACCUUGGGGCUGGGGUGCCUGUUACUGAGAGACCUGAAUGUCUAGUGAUGUGCCGUAACCUGCCCUCUUGUUUUCUCCUGUCUCUCUUUUUCUUCUCCGUCUGGGACUUCCUGAUUCCUGUGUCCAGUCUACUUUUUUACUUGAGAAUGUGCCAUCCCUUCCCUGUUCUCCAUUGCCAUCCGAGCUCAUGUCUCUUCCCCUCUGUUUGCUCUCUCAACAAACUCCUCCAUCUUCCGUUCUCCAUCCUGGCCCAGGCUUCUCCAUGAUCCUUCCUUUUUUGUUGCAUUCAUUUGCACUCUUCCUCAAAACUCGAAAUGCUGCUCGUGGCACAGUCCUGAAGUCACUACCCGGAGAGAACAGCUGGCAUCUCCUUACCCAUUUAUCACGUACUCUGGAGCUUAAAAGAGUUGUAGCCAAGGGAAGGAGGGGACAGGAAUGGCAGAGGUGAAGUGUCUGAGAGUUAGCAUGGCUGAGGGGAGGAGAAGAAGGGUAUUUGUGUCCAUGGUGUCUCUGAGAAAGGCUGGCCUUUGUCAGGAGGGGAGCAAGAAUAGUUGGGAAGUGCUAGCUUGCUGCUAGUGUAUACGUAUACGUAUACGUAUAUGUAUUAGUUGGGAACUACUACUUGCUGUCCUCAUUUGGAACUUUCCUCCCAUACCAGGCCUGUCUUGGGCCCCAGAGGUCUGUUUAAAGACCAACUUUGAAUCCCUUUUAGAAAAAGUCAAACUUGCAUUUUGUAGCUACUAUUUAUCUGUGAGUACAAGAUUUUCUCUGUCUUUGGGGAACUUUGCAGCCUUUCGCUUCGUUCUCUGCAGGCCUAGAAAAGAUGUACUUUCUGGUUUUAAAAACAGCAUGACACUCUUACCUUCUCCUAGAAGCUGCCCCACAUGCUUCUGACUAGAAGCUAACUCUUCAUGUUGUCUGAAGCAUUUGAUAUUGUUCAUGAAGGCACCAAAUAAUUUCAGUGAAUCAGGGGCUUUGAAAAUAACAAGCUUUCAGGAACAUGCUUCUUGCCAUGUCACUAAUGAAAGUCCUGUAGCUCCCUUGUUGUUGAUUAUGAGAAAUGAGAGUUACAUGGUAAGACUCCCAGGCUCUCAUAGAACGUUUUCCUCCACACUACCCUGUGUGUAAGACAGGGAUGAGGCAGAAAGGCCUUUCCAGAUUUAGAGAAGUCCACAGACCCCACAGUUCAGUCUUGGAUAGGAGGGUCCAGGCUGUGUUGGUGUGCUGUGCUGUGCUGCUGUGUGGCAUGGGGCCUCGCAUCCGCAGCUGCCUGCCACUCUUGUUAGCUGUCUCUCUGUAGCCACCAUGCCCACCCAUUCUGCAUCGCCUCCUUCCUUCCGCUCCUGCAUGCUCUGUGUUGGAAGCGAGGAUAGGAGCUGCUCAGUCCGUCUCGGGAGCUCCUGCUGAGCCUCAGGAUAGUGCUGCAUGGGGUAGAGCCAGGUGCUAGAGGAAGAGGAGGGGAACGUUCUUAAACCUUCAUUUCUUCUGUCCCCUGGUCCACGAGCAGGAGGAAACGGGCCAUGCUAGGCUGGGUGCCCACGGAGGAGGCGGGGCCAUGCUAGGCUGGAUGCCCACGGAGGAGGCGGGGCCAUGCUAGGCUGGGUGCCCACGGAGGAGGCGGGGCCAUGCUAGGCUGGGUGCCCACGGAGGAGGCGGGGCCAUGCUAGGCUGGGUGCCCACGGAGGAGGUGGGGCCAUGCUAGGUUGGGUGCCCACUGCCCACGCAGCAGCAUUUCAUUGUGCAGAGCCAUCCUUCCCUUCCCUUUGCCCAUUUCCCAUGUUCCCUUCGUGCUGCCUCAGGGCAGGACUGAAGAGCUGGAAGAAAGCAGUCAGUGUACCCUCCCAACGUCCCCGAAGGUCUCCACUGUCCUCUGGGCGGCCCUUUGCCUAGUGCAGGGGGGUCACCGCUGGAGAAGAACCAACACUGUCCUCGGUGUGUCCCAAGCCUGGAGCGUAUUUACCCUGUUGGCCCACCCAGCCCCAGCACGGGCAUGAUUGCCUGGGUUUCUGUCCCUCUAAGGCUUACCAGGUGUAGUUGGCUUCGUUCUGCUGGGGGUGUUAGUCCUUCUACUUUCUUUCUCACCUCACCCCGGAGCCCCUUCUGUGUCUCUGCGGUCUUCUUUCCUUCCCACCCAUGUGCAUGAGCAAGUAUGCAGCUAACCCUGCGACUCUGCACUCAGUUGAAGCCAAGCUUCCCACAUCUCUUUCUUGUUUGCCAUGAGAUGAUGUGGGGUUUCCAUCGUGUCUGUCAUUACCUGUCUCUUUCCUAACCCAGUCUCACAGUUCAUGUACAGUAGUAAGAGUUGAACUUCCACCAAAGGCAUGUGACAUAUUUACCAAUCUCAUGUAUUCUCAACAGAGGCGAAAAAAUACAAAUUCCUACCACAACAUCGACUUGGUUGUUGUUGUUUGGGCUGUGCUGGGACGGGGAGAAGGUGUUGUCCUGUGUUGGCUCUAGGCCAGAAGGGCUGAUGUGUGUAUUCUUUGGUCUUCCUGGAGAUUAAAGUCUCUG